CACCAGGCAGCGCGGGUGUGGGUGGGGUGAGGUUUCACUUCUCGCACCGACUUGCCUCGCCUUAUCUGUCCUCCUUUUGCUCCAGAGGGAGCCGCGCCAAGUCACGUGGCGCAGGACAGAGCAACUCCCUGCUUGGCGCCCUUCCACAGGAUCGUGCCCUGCCCGGGGAGGCACUACCCUGGCGAGGAUCCGACAAGGUACUGGGCACCUGCGGAGCAGCGAGAGAGAGGAGCUGGCGGCUGCAACUCCUCCGGGUCCUGAGCCAUUCAAGUCGCGGUUGCUGCCAUGGCCUGCCUCACUGUCACCCCAAAAAGCUCACUAGCUGACUCACCCGUGUGGAUUCGCGCCUCUGGCCUGGACCCUUCCCAGGUGGUAACCCUGCAUGCAUUGCUUACAGAUGACAUGGGAGAGAAGUUUCAAUCCAGAGCCCACUUCCGGGCAAAUCUGUCUGGGGAGGUAGACGUGAAGCAGGCGGCUGCUCUAGGCGGGGACUAUGUAGGUGUUUGGCCCAUGGGCCUCUUCUCCUCCCUGAAGCCAGAGAAAAAGUUCCGCAGGCUGAUGAAACGCAACGUGACAGGCAGCCCUUUCCGUGUCCAGGUCAGCCUCUUUGGCUCUGUGGUAUUAGUUCCUUCACCCAACAAUGUACCACUGGCCACUUGCACUGUGGAGAGAUGGUACGCAGCCCAUGGAGUGGAACGUGUCCAGGUCAGAGAAGGCAAAGUUCGGGGCGCCCUUUUCUUGCCACCAGGGCCUGGGCCAUUUCCAGGGGUGAUUGACCUAUUUGGUGGGUCUGGAGGUCUCAUUGAGUUUCGAGCCAUCCUGCUGGCCAAUAAAGGCUUUGCUGUUCUAGCUCUGGCUUUCUUUGGCUAUGAUGACCUCCCACAGAGCCUGGAAGAAGUGGACCUGGAAUAUUUUGAGGAAGCAUCCAUACUACUCUUAAAACAUCCCAAGGUCAGAGGCCCGGGCCUUGGAGUCGUUGGGCUGUCCAAAGGAUCGGAAAUCGCACUGGCCAUGAUUACCUUCUUAGACCAGAUCGUGGCUGCUGUGUGCAUCAAUGGUGCCACAGGUAUGAGAGGCGCCUCACUUCGCUUUCGUGACAUCUAUAUCCCUGCCAUCCCUUAUGCUGUUGAGAAGGUUCUCAUCACCGAAAUGGGGACAAUGUCCUCUUACCACGUCAUGGAAGAUCCUUUGGAUGAAAGACAUCACUCCUCUGCCAUCCCUCUAGAGAAGGCCCAAGGGCCCGUGCUCUUUGUGGUGUCAGAAAGCGACCAAAGCCUAAACAGCAAGUUAUUUGCUGAGGCGGCCAUAGCCAGAGCAAAGCAGCAUGGGAAAAGGAACUGUGCUUUGCUAUCGUAUCCGGGGGCUGGGCACCUCCUAGAACCCCCCGGUUCCCCGCUUUGCUACUGCUCUUCUUUCCGGAGUACCCUCUUGCCUAACCAAUGGGGAGGUGAAGUGGAACUGCACGCCAAAGCCCAAGAGCACUCCUGGAAGGAGAUCCAGAAGUUCCUCGAGCUUCAUCUUGGCCCGGUUGGAAAGAGCAAUUUCUAAUAGCGGAAGGAAGGAAAGCCAGCUCAGGUGACGUAUUCUAGUUCUCCAGAACCAAUGAAUCAUCCCACACACGGAAGACCGUCGGAGUGAGAAUAUCCCUGUGACAUGGUAUUUCGAGAGCACUCAUCAGAAAGACAAUUGUGUGAUCAGAAGCCCCUGUGACAGUGUUAGGCCUCUGCGAACUGCUUUCAGUCCUUCUGCCUGUCUCAUGCUUCUUUGGGGGGGGUGUGAUUGGGGCCCCUUUGCUACACUUGCUCAUCUGUCAAAUGGGGACAAUAAUCCCCCCCCCCCCCGUUCUGUCUGAUCUUAAGCACUUGGGUGAAAGGGACAUUUCAAGCUCUGCAAAGCUAGCACAUUAGAAAUAAAAUAAACCACAACUACAAAACACAAAAGGUGAUUGACAAGAUCAAGGUGACAGGAAAAGGCACCAGAUUCAAAAAAGCACUCACUUUUGACUACAAAGGAACAAUGGGCACAGUGCGCUCCCAAAUCUUCCUUCACAUCCCUGUCUUGAAUUCAAGCUGGGCUGAAAAGGGUGGGGGGAAUCAUUUUUCUUCUGCAAGCGUAGUUUCAAGCUAAGCUCCCUCUGCAAAGAAAGGAAGGAAGAACUGGGAGCGCACUCCAGACUAUUUCGUUUGAAGUUUUGUCAGGUGAUUGGCAGGUGGGCAAUCUGUCCAAGUAGCCCACGAGAGUGGGCUGCCACUCCCCAAACUUCUGAGGGCAGUGUUACUACCAAAAGGGCCCCCUCUGCUGCUCGUAACACCCAAGAUGGUCCAUGGGGAAUAUAUGGAGCCAUGCAAAGCAAUCCUAACUAUAAGAAGCUGGCUGAAUUGGACAGCUAAGUAGAUCAUGGGUUUGGAUUGGUCCCUAGGCCUGUAUGUUGGCACACUAGCAUAACUGACAGGUUCCUUUAGCUGCAACUAAGGUGUUAGUGACAGAAAAACCAUUUGUCAUGCUUCCCAUUGUGGCAGCCUCCUCAAAAUUGUGCUGUAUACAAAGAAACCAGCAAAGCUGAGGUUUCUCUUUCUGUCUGAAGUGUGUCUCUGCAUUUGCAUACAUACUUCUGUUUUUGUAGAAUGUGAACAUCUGGAUUUGGAUCACAGAUCGUGCACUGAGUUAUAUGACAGCCCCUGAUGACACCUCUUAAAAUUAAAAGAAUUACAGUGUUUUUCUUAAACCACUGAAAUUACAUAAAUAAUAAUUACAAGUAUU